AGCGCGUUUCGAGUCUUGGGACCUUUUUGUCCCCUCCUGCUUGCGGUGUGUGCGUGUGUCCUCACGGAAGUGCGAGAAGAAGAUGGCGGCCACUGCGGUGGCGCCUCCCGGUGCGGUGUCGGGUCGAGCCCCGAAGCGCGGCGGCGGCGGCGGCGGGGGAGCCAGAGGGACGGAGGAGGAACCGCCGCCGCCCCUCCAGGCAGUCCUGGUGGCCGAUAGCUUCAACCGCCGCUUCUUCCCCAUCUCCAAGGACCAGCCUCGGGUCCUCUUACCCCUGGCUAAUGUGGCGUUAAUUGACUAUACUCUGGAAUUCCUGACUGCCACAGGUGUACAGGAAACCUUUGUAUUUUGUUGCUGGAAGGCUGCUCAGAUCAAAGAACAUUUACAGAAAUCCAAGUGGUGCCGCCCUACAUCCCCCAAUGUGGUUCGGAUCAUUACGUCCGAGCUCUACCGGUCCCUGGGAGAUGUCCUCCGGGACGUCGAUGCCAAAGCCCUGGUGCGCUCCGACUUCGUGCUGGUGUACGGAGAUGUCGUCUCCAACAUCAACAUCACCAAAGCCCUCGAGGAGCAUAGGUUGAGGCGGAAACUAGAAAAAAAUGUGUCUGUGAUGACAAUGGUCUUCAAAGAGUCCUCCCCAAGCCACCCAACUCGCUGCCAUGAGGACAACGUGGUUGUGGCAGUGGAUAGCACCACAAACCGGAUUCUCCAUUUCCAGAAGACUCAGGGCCUCCGACGUUUUGCUUUUCCUCUGAGCCUGUUCCAGGGCAGCAAAGCAGGAGUGGAGAUUCGGUACGACUUACUAGAUUGUCAUAUCAGCAUCUGCUCCCCUCAGGUGGCUCAGCUAUUCACAGACAACUUUGACUACCAAACCCGAGAUGACUUUGUGCGAGGCCUGUUGGUGAAUGAAGAGAUCUUAGGGAACCAGAUCCACAUGCAUGUAACAACUAAGGAAUAUGGUGCCCGGGUCUCCAACCUACACAUGUACUCCGCCGUCUGUGCUGACAUCAUCCGUCGAUGGUUGUACCCUCUCACUCCCGAGGUGAACUUCACUGACAGCGCCACUCAGAGCUGCACUCAUUCCCGGCACAACAUCUACCGAGGGCCGGAGGUCAGCUUGGGCCAUGGCAGUGUCCUGGAGGAAAAUGUGCUCCUGGGCUCGGGCACUGUCAUCGGCAGCAACUGCUGCAUCACCAACAGCGUCAUUGGCCCUGGCUGCCACAUUGGUGAUAAUGUAGUGCUGGACCGGGCCUACCUAUGGAGAGGUGUCCAAGUGGCCUCUGGGGCACAGAUCCAUCAGUCUCUGCUCUGUGACAAUGCUGUGGUCAAGGAACAAGUUACAUUGAAACCACACUGCGUCCUCACUUCCCAGGUGGUGGUGGGCCCAAACAUCACGCUGCCUGAGGGCUCGGUGAUCUCUUUGCACCCUCCAGAUGCAGAGGAAGAUGAGGAUGAUGGCCAGUUCAGUGAUGAUUCUGGGGCCAACCAAGAAAAGGAGAAAGUGAAGCUGAAAGGUUACAAUCCAGCCGAAGUAGGAGCUGCUGGCCAGGGGUACCUCUGGAAAGCUGCAGACAUGAACACCGAGGAUGAGGAAGAGCUACGGCAAAGUCUGUGGGGACUCACGAUCGAUGAGGAAGAAGACAGUGAGACAGAAAGUGAGCGGAGUAUGGAUUCUGAAGAGCUGGACAGCCGGGCAGGCUCCCCUCAGUUGGAUGACAUCAAAGUGUUCCAGAAUGAAGUCCUAGGCACACUGCAGCGUGGCAAAGAGGAGAGCAUUUCUUGUGACAAUCUCAUUCUGGAGAUCAACUCUCUCAAGUACGCCUACAACAUCAGCCUGAAGGAGGUGAUGCAGGUCCUGAGCCACGUGGUCCUGGAGUUCCCCCUGCAACAGAUGAACUCCCCCCUAGAAGCCAACCACUACUCUGCCCUGCUGCUUCCCCUGCUCAAGUCCUGGAGCCCUGUGUUUAGGAACUAUAUAAAACGUGCAGCUGACCAUUUGGAAGCAUUGGCAGCCAUUGAGGAGUUCUUCCUGGAACAUGAAGCUCUCAGUACUUGCAUGGCCAAGGUACUGAUGGCUUUCUACCAGUUAGAGAUCCUGGCGGAAGAAACGAUCCUGAGCUGGUUCAACCAAAAGGAUGUAACUGACAAGGGUCGGCAGUUGCGUAAGAAUCAGCAGCUGCAGAGGUUCGUGCAGUGGCUAAAAGAGGCAGAAGAGGAAUCAUCUGAAGAUGACUGAAGUCGCAUGCUGCCCACCCCUGUGGGUGUGACUGAGUGUCGUGGUUCCUGGGCCAGGGCAAGCAAGGAGCCAGUUGCAGGAAAAAUGACCACUGUCCUGUGACAUACAGCGCUGAGGCUGGGACUGCAGUGUUCUUCACACUACCAGGAACCAUCGAGAUGGGGGAGCUGGGAUGAGGGAAGCUGGACUGGAACAGAGCGCCUGCCUAGAGCGAGCUAAGCAGGCCCUGCAGUUGGAGAAAGGCCAAGGGAAGCUCUUUGUGCUCUGGCUUUCCCUCAGGGAACAGCAGAGAGCAGCUGGCCCUCUCUGCUGCUUGUGCUUGUUCAUAUUAAAAAGAGAGGGGUGUA